CAUGAGGAAUGUUAGAAAGCAUCACUCUGACCAGGAUGGCUAUGAAAUGGACUUCAGCUCUGCUGCUCCUACAGCUGAGCUGUUGCUUCAGCUCCGGGAUGUGUGGAAAGGUGCUGGUGUGGCCCACAGCAUACAGCCACUGGACCAACAUGAAGACCAUCCUGGACGAACUUGUCCAGAGAGGCCAUGAGGUGACUGUGCUGACAUCUUCAGCUUCCAUUCUCACUGAUCCCAGCAAAACAUCUGCUAUUAAAUUUGAAGUUUAUCCUACAUCUCUAACUAAAGAUUACUUUGUGGGUUUUUCUGUCAAAUUGAUCAAUAAGUGGACAUAUGAUAUUCCAAAAGAUACAUUUUGGUCGCAUUUUUCACAAGUAGAAGACCUCAUGUGGAAAUAUUCUGACUGUGCGCAAAAGGUCUGUGAAGAUGUAGUUUUCAACAAGAAACUCAUGAAGAAGCUACAGGAGACAAAGUUUGAUGUUCUUCUUGCAGAUGCCAUUGGUCCCUGUGGGGAGCUGCUGGCGGAGAUACUUAAAACCCCCCUGGUGCUCAGUCUGCGCGUCUCUCUUGGAUACUCAUUAGAAAAGCACAGUGGACGACUUCCCUUCCCUCCUUCCUAUGUUCCUGUUAUUUUGUCAGAAUUAAGUAAUCGCAUGACAUUCAUGGAGAGGGUGAAAAAUAUGAUACACAUGCUUUACUUUGACUUUUGGUUCCAAAUAUUUAAUAUGAAGAAGUGGAAACAGUUUUACAGUGAAGUUCUCGGAAGACCCACUACUUUGUAUGAGAUGAUGGGAAAAGCUGAUAUAUGGCUCAUUCGAAGCUAUUGGGACCUUGAAUUUCCUCACCCACUCGUACCGAAUUUUGAGUUUGUUGGAGGCCUCCACUGCAAACCUGCCAAACCCCUGCCUAAGGAGAUGGAAGACUUUGUCCAGAGCUCUGGAGAAAAUGGUGUUGUGGUGUUUUCUUUGGGGUCAAUGGUCAGCAACAUGAUGGAAGACAGGAUCAAUGUGAUUGCUGCAGCCCUUGCCCAGCUCCCACAGAAGGUCCUGUGGAGACAUGAUGGCAAGAAACCAGAUACCUUGGGACCCAAUACUCGGCUGUACAAAUGGAUACCCCAGAAUGACCUUCUUGGUCACCCCAAAACCAAGGCUUUUGUAACUCAUGGUGGAACCAAUGGCAUAUACGAGGCCAUCUACCACGGGGUCCCCAUGGUGGGCAUUCCUUUGUUUGCGGAUCAACCUGACAACAUCAUUCGCAUGAAGGCCAAGGGAGCAGCUGUCACCUUGGACUUCACCACAAUGUCCAGUGCUGAUUUGCUCAGUGCUCUGAAGACGGUCAUUAAUGACCCCACAUAUAAAGAGAAUGCUGUGAGGUUGUCUAGAAUUCACCAUGACCAGCCAGUGAAGCCUCUGGAUCGAGCGGUCUUCUGGAUCGAGUUUGUCAUGCGCCACGGAGGAGCCCGGCACCUGCGGGCUGCAGCCCACGACCUCAUGUGGGUCCAGUACCACUCCCUGGACGUGAUUGGCUUCCUGCUGGCCUGUGGGGCAGCAGUGAUGCUUGUCCUCACAAAGUCCUGUCUGUUCUGUUACUGGAAGUUUGCUACCCCAAAGAAGAAGGGGAAACAGGAGUAGCUGGGUCCCAGAACUAAAGGUGACAACCUGUGGGGUGGGUCCCCCAGGCAUAUGGCAGCAAGAGGGGUGUUAUGGAGAUUCUCCUCCUCCUGGGACAAAACAUCUUUCCCUACUUACCUGAUCAAGUCAAAAUUUCCAGAUAUUUAGUUCCUAUUUGAAAGAUAAUUAUUCCAUGUUGAAUGCUUUUAAAAACUAAAAAAAGUAAAAAUAAGAUAUAUGAGUUUACAGCUAAAUUUCUAGUUCUAAUUCACAAACUAUACAAUCACGUAUGGAGCUUACUUGUGUUUCAUACAUUGUGUGUGGACAGAAGACUGUCAGUAUCAAUACAGUUUUGCAAAUACUCAGAAAACUUUGGUUUUCGAGCAGAAUUUUGUUGUCUUAAUUAUUAGUGAAGAACCUAUUAAAUGAUUAAUUUCUACAGAAAGUCUCUCCCUGGAUUUUGCUCUUGUGAGAUUCUUAUUGCUGCUUUGCUCCCCCUGGGUGUGCAGCCCCCCAGACCUAUUUCUCUAGAAUACACCAAGACAUUCACCUUCUUGGAACCUGAGGUGUUUCCCAGGGGACGUGUGUGCAGUUAGAAAUGCAGCAACUCCAGAAAAACUGUUUCCUGAUUUAUAAUUAAACUAAUUAUAACUAUAAUUAAACUA